ACAUUAUGAUCAAAGCUCCUUAGAAUAUUGGACAUAAGACAAUUUUGGUUUGAUGUUUCUACACUGUAUACUAAAAGAUUUACAAUUUUCAAAUACAUAAAUAAAUGAUGGAAUCUAAAUAGGUUGAAGUGAAGGAUGCGAUGCUAUCGAAAGUGUAUUCCACUUACUGAGGUUUUGAUUUAUAGAUCGAUUAGAGAAGAAUAUAAAAAAUCCUAAAACUAUUCGUUUGUUUGUGAAUCACCAAGUACCUAGCACAAUAAGAAAAGAUGUUCUACUAUUAAACAGAGAUCUAGAUUAUGCAGCAUUGAGUGCUCUAUAAAAUGUAGCGUUCAAAUCUUCUAAAAAAUCUAAAAUGGAAGUCGACAUUUAAGUUUUCCCGAAAGUAAUUUUCUAGGAUAAUAUUGUAAAUGUGAGAUACUUGAAUUACCUUUUGAUUUUUUCUCGUUAACAGCUAUUUUAUAUUUCAAGUUUGGCUGAAACAUGAUUCGUCUUUUGCAUGGGAUAUUAUUCAAAAAAAUUAGAUUUUGGGUGGUCGGUCAAAAAAACAUCUCAUCAAGUAAUAUGCAACCGUUUUCUUCCUAUAAGCGAACCAAAAAGCAUUAACCUUUCUCACCUACCAAAAAUUCUUAGUGAAUCGUAAAUAAAUAUUAUAAGAAAAAUGUCAUUGAUCUUAUUAUUAAGAAUAUAACAGAUUUCUACCCAAUCCUAAAACAAUCUUAGAUAGUGUAAUCUUGGUAAGAUCUUAACAAAAUCUUAUCAGAUCUCAAACUUUUCGGAUCUCACGAUCUUAGUAAGAUUUGUUUAAGAUCUUAGACAAAUGUAAGCAAAAUCUUACUAAGAUCUUAGUAAGAUUCGAAUACGUUUCUCACUAGGGAAACGAUCGUUUCAUUUUUUUCUAAGCGAAGAAAUGUUAUGAACAGAGAGUACAUGAAUGCAACAGAAAGUCAAAAUAAAAGUAAAUGAGGAAAUUGUUAAAUCAAUACUGUUAAAGAAAUAAUGCUACAAUUGUUGAUAGAAGUGUAUUUCCAGUGUUAUUUACGCAAUUAUAUGAUACAGCUUUACGUCCUGCAUAUUGUGCAGGAGGAUUUGCUAAAGCUGGAAUUUAUCCUUAUGAUAAACGUGCAAUUUCAAAAGAAAAAUUACUCCAUCAUCUGCAUCAACAACAUGUACAACAAAUCCUAUACGGUCAUUAUCAACAGAAUAUUUGCCACCAAACAUCACAUGAUAAUAUAACAAAUGAUAAUAAUACAAUAAAUAAAAGUAAUACAAUCGGUAAUAAUAAUAAUAAUAUUGUUAGCUAUCCAUUACUACGAUCACCAUCUGCACCGAUCAUAUUAUCAAAAACAAUUUCAUCAUGUACAACAAGUGUAUCAUCGAAAAUGUCACCACGAAGUAAUAAUGCACCCAUAGUUCAACAGGCAUCGUCAAACGUUUCAUCACUAUUAGAUAUGUCAAUAUCAUUACCAGUCAUUACUAUUGCACAAACAAAUAAUCAAUCAUAUUCAAACAGUCUUGUUACAAAUACAACAUCACAUCCUGAUCCACCACUCAUAUAUACUGAUUUGUGCUCACAAAAUUACGAUUCACCAUCAUUAUUGAUUUGCUGUCAAUGUGGUACAACUUUUAGUGGAUUACAAACUGUUUAUUGGAAUUAUGCUAGUUGUUCAAAUCUUAUAUGUUAUUUUUGUACACAAACUUUCUCGUAUCAGCCAAUACAAUUGAUUUGUACUUAUUGUCAAUUGGCUAGAAAUGAUUUACCACAAUUAUUUUAA